GUACACGUGACUGACACAUACUCUACACGUGAACCCUAACCCUGACCCAUGGCGAGCAUUUUAUCGUUGCGAAUGCAGAGGCUCCUUUCCUACUCUCCUAAUGCUCCCACAAUCAGCAAUGCAACUCGAUUCUCCUCAUCAAUUGACUUUCUCCUUAUUUCCUUCCUGAACACACCUCCUAGGACUGAUGCUUCUCCAUUCGAGAAUUCUGCAUCAUGCACUCAGCAUUCCCCGCAUUCAGUGAGGGAUCGGGCUGUACUCCUGCCCUGUGCCUUCCCGUCGAUCUCUCCGCGGCCUUCCAACUCUCCAAGCGAUCACUUCCGCCCAAUCCCGUCUCGUACGUCCGCGUGGGUACAAAUAGGCGCUGGGUUUGCAAGCAGAACCUCAGAGCAAGAGUCUACUCUUUCGCCCCAGGCCGAAACUCCCUUUCCGACACAUCCCUCUCUUUACAACCCACGAUGAGACUUUCCGUCGUCGCCACUGUCGUGUAUGCCAUGCUCGCCAUGUCGGGAGCCAACGGUCGGCCCACGCGCCGCCAAUUCGACGUGACGACCUUCCAGAACUUGACCCCGGCCGAGCGCCGGGACUUCAUCCUCGCUCUCGAUCCAGCGACGAUCAACCUGUCCGACGACAUGCUUUCCGGGAUCAGCGCCUUCCCCGCCAUCCAGCAGAGCCUCCCCGACGGCACCCCGCUCACCAACGACGUGCUCAAGCAGCUCGUCCUGGCGUAUCAGGACGAGGUGCAUCAGGCGGAGCAGGGCGGCGAUACCACGGCGGGGCUGGCGCAGGUGUCCCGCAAGCGGGAUGACGACGUUGAUGGCGAGGAGAUCGAGGUACGUGACGACGAGGGUACGGACGAUGCCGCGGGCGCGGAUGAGACUUCAGAGGACACUUCCGCCGACGAGGCGGCGCCCGAGGACCCUUCCACUGAGGGCUCUGAGGCGACCGAGACCACCGAAGAUGCCUAGUUUCUGUCGCUGCACUCUUUCACUCUUUGGCCUUCCGGGUUAUGUAUCUGUUGUACCGAGCACUUGCACCACAAUCUACCGUCCCUGUUUCUUUCCAUGCGCAGCGAUGAAGUUUUUGCUACUCAACUGUCGCCUAUCAGGGCGAAGUGGUCACUCGACAUCGGAGCCACUCAUCCAUGACCCAUGAUGAGCGGUGUAAAUCUGAGUCAGGCGCCUUGUCGCGACAAGACGUUCGUGCCGAUCGCCAUACAACCACUGAAGACGCUGCGUGCGCGGGCAGUCCACGUCACUCACGAGCUAUCCCCCAGCCGUGCUGCCACAUCCAUAUCCGAGAACUGGACAAUCUUGAACGUCUCACGAUCAUCGCCACGAACGCGAGCUCCUCGUUCUCCCCUAUCACCCGAUACCAGAGGCAUUCAGGCAUGGCGCUUCACCACGCGCAGCUAUCUGCCUCCGGAAAGCGCAGCGAUCGGGCCACCGCAGUCCGAGUCCAGCGUGUGCGUCGGCAGAGCUCCCUUGUUCCGCGCACUCGAUAGGGUGGAGCAAGGCACGGAGCGCAAUCGGCUUCUGAGGGUGUGCAGUCUCGGCGUAGCUGGCCACGGAGAUGGGGAUGUGUCUUCUAGAGCGCAUGCCAAGUCGGGGAUCGCUACCCCAUGGUCGGGCUCGGUUUCGUCAACGAGAAAGCAACCGGGGACUGCAUAUUUGUCCUCGGCCAACAUUUGCUGAAACCCCAAUGUCGCCUCCUUCGUCCGGAAAGGCAGGCGUCGCCAUAGGCGAUCUCGAUAGGAAAGCGAUACUCAACACGCACGGAGGAAGUCAUUGCCCUGAGACGGAUCCAUUUAGAGCAUCGACUCAUCUCCGUAUCCAAGUGGACGAAGCAGACCCUCAGCUCGCCACCUCUCCAUACGCAGCUCGAAGAAGCCCAUUUGGCGUCUCAUUCGGCCUCUCUCUAUCUUCGACAGUCGAAAUCUCCUCCGCAAGGCCAUACGUCUCAGUCGUAAAACCCAGCCCAUUCGGAGCCGGUCAGCGUCCAUCGCCUCUGUGUCCGACAGCAGAGGGUAAUAUCGUUCCACGAUGUGGGUACAUGAUUGGUCGAGACCUGGAGCGAAUGCGGCUGAUUCCAGAAUUCACACGCUGACGUCGAUGGCUGAAGCGCCAAAGCGAAGGAAGGUGCUCUGCGCAAGUUGUUAUACGCGAAACGCGGUCAUGUGAUGCUCGCGCCGUCACGUCACAUCGGAAAUGGAGAUUAAACUUAUAGAACGGCCAGUAGUGAAUCAAUUAAGACUCG